CGCUGGACACAGGACGUGGACGUCGGAAGUCUCGGGCUGACAGGUGAGCGGCCUUCAGUCCCCAGGCGUCACCUGCGGGGAUCCGGCCUGCGAUCCAACCCGGCGCCCUGCGGACAUGGCGGCUGCCAGGGGCGGCCUGGGCCGAGUGCACCCCGGCUCAUCCAUCCUGUUCCUAUGCGACAUGCAGGAGAAGUUCCGCCACAGCAUCGUCUACUUCCCUGAGAUCGUCUCCGUGGCCGCCCGCAUGCUCAAGGUGGCUCGGCUGCUGGAGGUGCCGGCAGUGCUGACAGAGCAGUACCCGCAGGGCCUGGGCCCCACGGUGCCGGAGCUGGGAGCCAAUGGGCUGCGGCCACUGCCGAAGACCUGCUUCAGCAUGGUGCCUGCUCUGCAGCAGGAGCUGGACGCCCGGGCGCAGCUGCGCUCCGUCCUGCUCUGCGGCAUCGAGGCUCAGGCCUGCAUCCUGAACACAGCCCUGGACCUCCUGGACCGCGGCCUGCAGGUCCACGUGGUGGUGGACGCCUGCUCCUCCCGCAGCCAGGUGGACAGGUUGGUGGCGCUGUCCCGCAUGCGCCAGAGCGGUGCCUUCCUCACCACCAGCGAGGGACUCAUUCUGCAGCUUGUGAGGGAUGCCGCGCACCCUCAGUUCAAGGAGAUACAGAAGAUUAUCAAGGAUCCUGCCCCGGACAGCGGGCUGCUGGGCCUCUUCCAAGGCCAGAACCCCCUCCUCAGAUGACCUACCUCCUGUCCCCCAAGCUUGGAUGUCGCCACCCCCACCCACCCCGUUUCUGGAUCCCAGGAGUGGUGCAGUCCACCGGGAGUACCGCCCCCCUGGGAGGGGAGGUAGAGUGCCGCCUUCCCAUUGGACACUGCCUCCCGGAAAUGCAAAUGAAACUCCUGGAAGCUGGGAAGGGGUUGGUUAAGCGGAGCCGGAGGCGGAGCGUGGCCCCGGGCCACUUCACGGUGGGGGAAGGGAAGGGGGAGAGGGUGUCACGGAGUGUGUGGGACCUGGACUUGCUGAAUAAAACAUUGAUGAGACUGUGGA